AUGUGGCCAUUUAAUCAUAUAUGGGAAGAUCCUGAUCCGGCACCCAACGCGGUACUCCGCGUGCCGAUAUCCGAGGUUUGGGUUUACGUCUACAAAAAGGAGCGAAAAUAUGUAAAUUUGAAAGAUCGGGGGACGGGAAUACUACAAACUAAGAAUUGGAUGGAUAAUUUCAUGUCGAAACUUCGUCCCAAGACUCCGCCUGGUAUGUGCGUAGUAUUGGAAAAACGGCUGAUAAAAAAGUGCUUGAUCACAAUCUACAAGAAAAAAAGAAUAUAUAUGCUUAGAAUAAUGGGCAAACUUAGACUAAAAGUUGUCUUUUCUUUUUUUGCUAUCAACUAUCCUAAAACAUAA